GGAAAUGGACAAAUUGGACAAGUGUCGCGUCUGCUGCUGCAGAGUCAAAUGGGAGGACGAGGCAUACAACUUGUUGCAAGUCCCCAAAGUGGCAGCAAUGUUCACCGCCUGCACAAAUUUGUGUGUGGAUCCGCGGGAGGAGUAUCUGCUGCCCAGUGUCCUGUGCUGUGGCUGCUACGAGGAGCUGGAAAAGUUCAACGCAUUCCGUACCCUCUGCAUAGAAGCGGACACCAAAUGGCGCGAAAAUAAAGUAGAAGUGUAUGUGGGCGUGGGUGUGGAUAUGCAUGAUGUGUACAACGAGGAUAAGGCUAUCCGCGAAUUGGAGUUAAUGUUGGCAAGGAAAAGUCCUGUUCCACCCAUUGAAGCCAUACAGCUAAGGCCUGAUCCACCCAUUGAACUCAUACAGCUAUGUCCUCUUCCACAGAUGGAAUCCAUACAGCUAAGGUCUGAUCGACACAUUGAAUUUAUACAGCUAGGUCCUAUUCCUCCUCUACGUCCUGUCCCACCCCUUGCAUUAAUAUAUCCGAGUCCUGUCCAACCCCUUGCAACCAAACAUCAGAGUUCUGUCCUCAUUGAAUCCACACAGAUAAUUCCUGCUCCACCCACUGAAUCCACACCAAGGAAAAGUCCAAUCCCAGCCGAAGAGUCCACACAGCUGAAGCCGUUGAAGCGCACAGAUGCCAAAAAAAGUCAUCAAAGUGCAUGGCAGAACAAGGAAGAAAAUGCAAAGAAUUUAAAUCCUCCAAAGGUUCCUACGAAGCUCCCAGAGUUCCUCAAUCGUGCCACAGGUGCAAAACGAUCUCAAAGUACAAAGAAGAAAACUGUCGAAGAAAACAAGGAACCUUCUGCAAAUUCUAGUCCAAAAGAUCCCGAAAAGGCUCCUUCAGAACAGAAUAAAAAGAAUUCACAUGCAGCAGAACUGAUUGAAGAAUCCUCCAAUCAGGAUUUCCUCAGUCGUUUCACGUGCAACAUCUGCUCCAAGAACUUUGCCUCCAAGAGACGCUGCCAGAUCCACAAGCAGCAGCAUGGUGGCCAUCUGCAACUCACGGAGCACAUGAAGACACACACGGUAAAUUGUUUCCCCUGCGAGCAGGAGGGAUGCAAGAAGAAAUACCGCCACAAGGGAACGUUGGUGGCGCACCAGAAAAAAGCCCAUAUGGGUUCCAUCUCCAAGUCGCACGUUUGCGAGGUUUGCGGCAAGGCUUUUGACAAUCUGGCCAAGCUCAGAUACCAUCAAGAGAAGCACAAGGGCAGGACACAAUUGCCCUUCGCCUGCGAGAAACCGGGCUGCUCCUUGCGCUUCCGGAAACGGAACAGCCUCCUGAACCACACGAUGCAGCACAAGGGCAUCAAGAAAGUCCAAAUCAAUCAACACACCCUUGAGCGCACUUGGAACUGUCCGCUCUGCUCGAAGGUGUGCAAGAGUUCGACCAGUCUGGAAGCGCACAAUCGUCAGAUCCAUGAGGCUAUUAGGAAAUAUUCCUGCGGCGUUUGCAACAUGACUUUCGUGAGGUUCCACUCGAGGCAAGUUCACGAAAUGAUUCACACGGGCGAGAGCGUUCAGCCCCCCAAACUACGCUGCCAUCGACAGAUCCACAAAAGAUCCAAGCCGAGAGAAUCGCUUCAAAAUUAA